AUGGAGGACUGCUGCGAGGAGGCACACGACGCGCAGGAGAUCAUCCGCCAGGGCACGUACGACCUCCCUCGCAUAACGAGAGUGCUGGAGAACGAACGGGUAUUCUUGCUCAUAGAUGAAGCAACUGUCCGGAGGUACAAAGCAGACCUGACAGACGAGAUCGAACCGCAGAUCAACGAGCUGCUCUCACGCGCGGAGAAGGGGCUCCAGAUCCUCCUCAAGAGAGAGAGCACGCUACGGACUAGGGUGGAGACGACGCACUCGAGACCUUCGUCGCGAGCGGCUGUCAACACUAACAAAACAGGAAUGAGCAAGCUCGAGAUCCGCAAGUUGCAGAUGCUCGUUCGUCAGCGUGAACGGGUGGAAGAGGAGCUAGCCUCGCUGCAAGCGGAGAUCGAUGAGCUGGAAUUGGCCGCGAUGAAGACGAAGAAAAAAUGA